AAAGAGAUUUUUUGUUAUAAAAUUAGUUCAAUCUUUUGACCAUUAUAUUAUCUCUCCUCUAACAAAAAUCUAUUUUUUUUAGAAGCCGCUCUUAACUUUUUAUUUGAAGGUGUUUUUAGAUUUUUGUUGGAUUCUGCCUUUUUUGAAAAACCGUAACAAACGGAUGCACAAUUUUUAAAAUUGAAUAUUUUUUUUCUUAAAAAUACUAUAACAAACGAACUCUAUAUCAUAGAACAAUUUAAGUUUUUUUUUUUUUUUGUCAAAGACUAAAUUAACAUGCAAGAAUAUCAUAAGGAAAUGAAUUAAGUUUUCGCUAAAAGAUAAAAAACUUAAUUUCAUUUUAACCACAUUUUUUUGGGGAAAUUAUUUCACUUUCCCUCUUCUCCUAAAAUAAUAAAAUUUCAUCUCCCUCCUUAUUUACCCUCCUCGCGAUUUUGUCUCUAACAUAUCGAAUUUAUUUAAUUUUUAAAUUAAUUUAAAAUUUAUUAACAGAGGAGUCUCCAAAAUACUCCAUUCGUCCUGAAAUAUAAGCAAAAAAAAGCUCAUUUUCUUUAUCCUAAAAUAUAAGAAAAAAGAUAAAUUUUUAUUCUAAUUAAUCUUAUUUUUAAAAAAAAAUCAUCUUUUUCAAUAAUCUAAUUUCACCACUUUGACAAAUGGCUCCAACAUUUACCCCCAUAUAAUUUUCACAAUGAGAGCGCGUGUAAUGAAAGUGAAAGUAGCGGCCAAUGAAAUCCUUUUUUUUUUGAAGGAAGCGCCAAUGAAAUUUUAGACCGGGAAAGUCCCCUUUUCCAAUUUUUCACCUCUAAAUACAUAAUCCAAAUCAAAAAAACCAUUUCUUUUGUUCCAAACUGAAACCCCUCAUUCCACAUCUCUCGUUCCAAAUCUGCAAUGGCCAAAUCUAAACAUCACUCAUUCUUCACCGAUUGAAACUGAACCAAAUCCCUCUGUUCUUCACCGUUCUCAAAUCUCUUGUUCUUCACUGUUCCCAAAUCGCAACACUGUUCAUGGGUCAAAAAAUCUGAACCAAAACCCUCUAUCUUAAAUCCCAACACUGUUCAUCGGGUUCAAAGGGUUGAAGCUUCUAUUUGUCCUGUGUGUGAUAAAAAUUUAGGGGAGGAUGUAAUCAGGAUGGUGCAGAGUUCAAGCUUCCCAAUCUCGCCAAAGCUCUGGCGGAGCAGAAGUACCGGACACCGGCCAUGAAGAGGAUGUUCAAGAGAGAAGUAACUAGGCUGCUUUUGCUCAAAAGCUGUUUAUUUCAGCUUUAUACUCAGAAUAAUUAAUAGAACAAUUAGUCAAUACAUUGUGAGGAAUUGCUUAAUUACAUCUUGAGAUAGCUUUGAUGCUUGUAAACAUUACAACAUUGGCUUUUAUUCUGGUGCAUGAGUUAUCAUUAUAGGAUCAUACUAAAUAUUGUUCAUAUCGGAUAGCUAGAAAAUUGGAUGGUUAGCUCUAUUUUGGGGCCAUGUGUUAGGUAUCCGGUGGUAUUGAUAGGGUGACUGCUGAUGCAGUCAGUUAUUUUAAUAUAUAGUUAUUUAGGAGCAGUUAGCAUUUUGUGUAAUAUGCAGUAUUUGUGUUGAUUAGGAGCAGUUAGGCAGUUUAUGUAGUAAUUUGUAUUGAUUAGGAGCGGUUACAGGCAGUUUAUGCUCUUAGUUGUAUAAAUAAAGCCAUUUGACCACAACAGUAGGAGAGGAUUUCAGAAUUAUUCAAUUAGGAACCUUAUUGGUUUUGGGCAGAGAGAGAGAGUGAUGUCUCUUCUCUGAGGAGCUUUUGCUCUGGGAUUACAGAGGGAUAAUCUUCUGUAAUAUUUUCUAUUCAAUCUAUAAUACUAUUUAUUCUGUUUCUCUUUAAUUCGGGUUCCUAUCAAUUGGUCCGACCUACCGGAUACGAGAAGGAAACCAGUGUUAUCGGAGAUGGAUGGAAUAUGGACUUUGAAGUAUAAACUAUCACAAUUUACUGGGACGGAUCCUGCUGGAUGGAUCACAAGGGCUGAAAUGUUCUUUGCAGAUAAUGAAAUCCACUCAUGUGAUAAGUUGCAGUGGGCUUUCAUGAGUAUGGAGGAUGAAAAAGCGUUGUUGUGGUUUUAUUCUUGGUGCCAAGAGAACCCAGAUGCUGACUGGAAGUCAUUUUCUAUGGCUAUGAUUAGAGAAUUUGGAGCACGUAUGGAGCACCGAACAGAUAAACAAAUGGUGCAAAAUCAUGAUCAAGAAUCUGAACCAAAACUGUGGAAGAUGGCAGAAAAACACGAUGAACCAGUAUUAGAGAAGAUCAUCAACGAUGGAGAAGGAAGGUACGUCAAUGAAAUUUCACCUUCUUCGGAAAAGGUUGUUGAUGCAGAAAUGGAGAACUUUGAAACAAAGAAGAGUCGCAAGGAUAAUAGAAUUGGGGGAAGAGUAUUGAACGAGAAAGGGACAAAUGAAGAAACAAAAGCAAGAAGAAAAUCUUACAUGACAAUUAGAAAAAGAGAGCAAGAGGGUGGGGUCUACCCACAACCACCGCCGGAGCCAUUCCCUCUGAAUUUGAAAGAAAGGAGUUGCAAAUAUAAAACUUUGUAUGUGGCUUGGUUGUUUGAAGGAGGCUUGUCAGGGUUCCAACAAUGGGAUCCUGGGGGCAAAAGAAUUCAAGUUAGUUUCUUUAACUCAGCCUUGAGGACAAGGCUGUUUUUCUAGCGGCCGGUAAUGUUAGGUAUCCGGUGAUAUUGAUAGGGUGACUGCUGAUGCAGUCAGUUAUUUUAAUAUAUAGUUAUUUAGGAGCAGUUAGCAUUUUGUGUAAUAUGCAGUAUUUGUGUUGAUUAGGAGCAGUUAGGCAGUUUAUGUAGUAAUUUGUAUUGAUUAGGAGCGGUUACAGGCAGUUUAUGCUCUUAGUUGUAUAAAUAAAGCCAUUUGACCACAACAGUAGGAGAGGAUUUCAGAAUUAUUCAAUUAGGAACCUUAUUGGUUUUGGGCAGAGAGAGAGAGUGAUGUCUCUUCUCUGAGGAGCUUUUGCUCUGGGAUUACAGAGGGAUAAUCUUCUGUAAUAUUUUCUAUUCAAUCUAUAAUACUAUUUAUUCUGUUUCUCUUUAA